AUGCAGUCUAGUAGUUCUACUUGCAGCUACGUGGACGGCGAUCACUCCAGGAGCAUUAUACACAUCGACGUAGACUGUUUUUACGCUCAAGUGGAGAUGGUGAAAAAUCCCGAAUUACGUUCUGUACCACUCGGCAUUCAACAGAAAAACAUCGUAGUCACUAGUAAUUACGAAGCCAGAAACUACGGCGUCCAGAAGUGCAUGCUAGUUACUGACGCACUGAAACUUUGCCCCAAUUUGAAACUUGUUAAUGGUGAAGAUUUACACGAUUACAGAGCGGCUUCUAAUAAGAUAUUCGAAGUUUUACUGUCUCUAAAGUGUCCAGUAGAGAAACUGGGAAUGGACGAAAAUUUCAUUGAUGUUACAAAACUGGUACAGGAAAAAGAAAAAUCAGGUAACUGCACUGCAUUAGUUGGUCAUUUAUACAAAGAGCCAAGUAUACAAUGCCCAUGUGGGUGUCAAAGUAGACUGAAAACUGCAUCACAAAUAGCUAAUGAUAUAAGGCAAAAAGUAUACAAUGAAUUAGGUUUCACAAUAUGUGCCGGUACAGCACACAACAAACUGCUUGCAAAGCUGAUUUGUCCAUUACAUAAGCCCAAUAAUCAAACAACUAUAUUUCCUGAACAUGCCAUUGACUUCAUGGCUACAAUGGACAGUGUUCGAGCCAUUCCAAGUAUUGGUUCAAAAACUACUGAAACUUUAAUAUCACAUAAAAUUAUAUCCGUGAGUGAUUUACAACAGGUACCAAUUGAAUUAUUGAAAAAGAACUUCAGUAGUGAUAUGGCAGUAAGACUGAAAAGUUUAAGUUUAGGGGAAGAUAACACUCCAGUGAAGCAAACAGGGAAGCCGUUGAGCAUAGGUUUAGAAGAUAGUUUUAAAACUGUCAGUGUGAAAAGUGAGGUAGAAGAUAAAAUCUCAAUUUUACUUCAAAGACUGUUGGUACUGGUCAGAGAAGAUGGAAGAAUUCCUGUUUCUUUAAGAGUAACAUUAAGGAAGAAAGAUGCUAAAAGAUUGAGCAGCCACCGUGAGUCCAGACAAUGCCAAAUAUCACCUUCAAUAUUCACCAUUACCAAUGGAACACUCAUUGUUACAGAUGCUGGACAGCAAAAACUCAUGUCAAUAAUUAUGAGAUUAUUCAAUAAGCUUAUAGAUUUAUCAAAACCAUUCCAUUUGACACUUGUAGGUUUAGCAUUUACUAAGUUUCAAGAGCGGAUGACUGGUAGGAGUUCAAUUGUGAAUUACCUUAUGAAUGAUAUCUCUGUGCAGUCUGUGCUCAAUUUGCAAAAUGACUGUGACACAUCUGCAACAUCUAUGGACUACUCUGCAGCAUCACCUAGUAGUAGUACUACAACAGACUUGUCUGAUGCUGAAGUGGAACCUUCUCCAAAAAAGCCCAAGAAGGUAACGUGGAUUGCAAAGAGGAGGUGUUUGGCUAAAGAGGAAGUUGCAUCACCAAGUAAGCUUAAAGUAAGUGAGCUUCGUCUCAACUCAAAAGAAUUAGAGAAAGUAUCAGAAUUGAGAUUGAAUUCAAGAGACAGAUCAUUAACACCUAGAGCAAGUCCUGCUAAAGACAAUCUUUCUGAUACCUCUGAUACCAUGAAAGAUGUAAUGGAAGGAGGUCCUUGUGAUGACUGCCCUAGUUAUGUUGAUAAGGAAGUGUUUGAUGCCCUCCCAGAUGAGAUGCAGCAAGAACUUAAAGCUAUGUGGAAAAACCCUUCAAGUUCGGAUGUGCAGAGGACUAGUCCAAGAACAACGAACAAAUCAAAACCGAACUCAAUCUUGAAAUAUUUUGUUCCACACAAAUAG